AUGUCUGACGAUGUUCACAUGGAAAUCAAGGCAUCUGGAACCAGCUCUAACACAGAUCUUACCAUACCUGGCCACCUUCCUGGUGACAUCAAACGUUGGAGCCCCACUGCUGUUCUCCAAUUUCUUCAAGCCAACAAGGAGUACUAUUUUCUUGACGAUGAGGAGAUCAAAAUCGUCAAACGAAACAAGGUUGCUGGUGCAGCCCUCCUCCAGCUGACAAAAAAAGAUCUUGAAAGAUGGCAAGUUCCAGGCGGAUCAGCCAUUAUGGUAACAAACCUUGUUGAGAAGCUCAAGGAGAACAAGGGACUUGUCAAGCAUGUAAUUCCUGGAAAGAUAGAUAUUAGUGUUUCUUUAAGAGAAGCAUUUAGUAUACCACUUCAGAUUUUACCAUCAGCAAUGAGUUUAAAAGACUUGGCUACCACACCAUUUGCCACAAAGAUACCUAUUGAGAGUAUUUGCUACAAGAAUUGGAAAGGUAUUAUUGGUGACAGAGUAGAUGACUAUUUCAUAGAUGGGGAUGCUAAUAGAACUAGUGGCUGGAGUCUAUCAUAUAAGUGCCAGGCUGCUUUAGAACAAAAUUGUUCUGGUUCAGAGAAUGCAUUAUUGAGUAGAUAUGAUCAUUUAGUGCACGAUAUUUGGUGUGAAUUAAGCAAGAAUUUACCCUUUUCGUUUGUUAUUAAUCGCAAUGUUACAGACAACUCUGGUGCAACAGUCAAGAAUACUCGACCUGAUGUAGUGGCAUGGUUAAACGGCGUCUUGAUCUUUAAGGCUGAAGAGAAACAAUUUGCUUCUGAUAAGGCGGAGGCUGAGCAAGAAUUACUAGAUAAGAUGGAAUUCUGGAACAGGGCAACAUAUGGUCGCGUACCUUAUAUUCUUUCUUAUGCCGCAGCAGAAAACCUUGUCCAAUUUUUUGCAAUCACGAAAGAUAUGAACAAAAUCGAUGUGUCAGAUGUUUACGAUUUGCAACGGUUUCCAGGAGAAUUUAUGACUCUCGUCUCGUCAUUAAAUUUAUUCCGAAUAAUAGUUACCCUUAAAAGUUAUCUACCUGAGCGAAGUGCUAUGCCAAUGUAUAAGGAAAUGAGAAGAAAAAACAAUACUGUUGUGACAUUGUUAUCAGAUACUACUGUGUUGAAAGAAAUACGUAAAUUUGACGAAUAUAUUGAUUUCGAUACCUUGAAAGAAGUCUAUGAAACCAUUAAUAGUUCACCCUUCUGCGUAUACUCGAUUGAAGGCCCGAAAUUGGGGAAAAAGCGGAAAAUAUCUGACACUGGAACUCAUUAUUCAGUAGUGCUUACGCCAGUGUGCUAUCAUAGACGACCGAAAAAUGAAAAUGAACUACGCAUUGCAAUAACAGCUGUGCUCAAGGGCUUGAACCAGCUUCAUAGCAGAGGUUUAGUACACCGUGAUAUUCGGUGGGACAAUAUCCUAGCAUAUGAAAAUCGAUGGUUAUUAGCAGAUUAUGAGCAUGCUGGACGCUGUGAGAAAAAGCCUUUAUUUUUGUUGGAUAAUUGGGCCCCAAGUGCAUCAAACGGGUACGAUAAACGUUGCGAUCUUUAUUUAGUUGGGCGAUUAUUUGAUGAUAUGAGGUUUGAGCUACCAACCGAAGCUAGAAAGAUAGCAAAACUUUUGAAAAAUCAAGAAUUACAAAAUUGUGACGAUGCACUGAAUCAUGAGUGGUUUAGAUCAGUGGGAAACGCUUAG